AUGACGACACGUGUCUUGCGCGGUUAAGUGACGUAGCUGCAAGAGCGAGUUUGGUCUCCUGGUUGUGUUUUGACAGAUUCGGCGCCUUCUUCGUCCGCUUGGAGGACCGAGGCGUUGCAAUCCGGCAGCCGUUAGGUUUGUUUCUGGUUGGAAAGAAUACUCCCUCUUGCAGCCUCUGCAGAAAAGAGUCGUUGUUGGUGUUUCGGGGCGAGAAGAUGGCGGCGGCUGUCCGACAGGAAUUGGCUCAGCUCAUGAACUCCAGCGGAUCUCACAAAGAUCUUGCUGGAAAGUACCGACAGAUACUUGAAAAGGCCAUUCAAUUUACUGGUGCUGAGCAGCUGGAGGCUUUGAAGGCAUUUGUUGAAGCCAUGGUUAAUGAGAAUGUCAGCUUGGUGAUCUCCAGGCAGCUGCUUACAGAUUUCUGCACUCACCUCCCCAACCUCCCAGACAGCACAGCUAAGGAGGUGUACCACUUCACGCUAGACAAAAUCCAGCCUAGGGUCAUCUCCUUUGAAGAGCAGGUGGCAUCUAUCCGGCAACACCUGGCAACAAUUUACGAGAAAGAAGAGGACUGGAGGAAUGCUGCUCAAGUCCUAGUUGGAAUUCCUUUGGAGACGGGACAGAAGCAGUACAAUGUAGAUUACAAGCUAGACACAUACCUCAAGAUCGCUCGUCUGUAUCUAGAGGAUGACGACCCGGUACAGGCAGAAGCUUACAUCAACCGCGCCUCUCUUCUCCAGAAUGAGUCCACUAAUGAACAGCUGCAGAUCCACUACAAGGUCUGCUAUGCCAGAGUUCUGGACUACAGGAGAAAGUUCAUAGAGGCAGCACAGAGAUACAAUGAGCUGUCGUACAAAUCUAUCGUACAUGAGAGUGAACGGCUAGAGGCCCUCAAGCACGCUCUCCACUGCACCAUUCUGGCAUCCGCAGGACAGCAGCGCUCCCGUAUGCUGGCCACGCUGUUUAAGGACGAGCGCUGUCAGCAACUUGCAGCGUACGGCAUACUGGAGAAGAUGUACCUGGACAGGAUAAUUCGGGGGAACCAGCUACAGGAGUUCGCUGCCAUGUUGAUGCCUCAUCAGAAAGCUACUACAGCCGACGGUUCUAGUAUCUUGGACAGAGCAGUCAUUGAGCACAACCUGCUGUCUGCCAGCAAACUUUACAACAACAUCACUUUUGAAGAGCUAGGGGCUCUACUGGAGAUCCCGCCAGCCAAGGGCAGUUGUCCCGGUGUUGAAGCCCCUGGUUACAACAGAAGCAACUUGGCUGAGAAGAUUGCCUCCCAAAUGAUCACUGAAGGGCGAAUGAAUGGCUUCAUCGAUCAGAUAGACGGCAUUGUUCAUUUUGAAACUCGGGAGCCAUUGCCCACGUGGGACAAGCAGAUCCAGUCUCUAUGUUUCCAAGUCAACAAUCUGCUGGAGAAAAUCAGCCAGGCAGCACCAGAGUGGACAGCGCAGGCAAUGGAGGCCCAGAUGUCUCAGUAACCCUGUCCCUCUUAUGUGUGGACAUUCUUUCACUAUUUCCUGCUGCAACAUGAGAAAACAGUUCGCCACUGCUUCAGCAGCCUGUUCUCUGUCACCCCUCAAAGACUGUAGAAAUCCCAUUGGUUCAUGCUUGCAAAAGGGGAUAACUGUGCCAUUUAAUCUUUUACUUUGUUAAAGGUAAAUGUAAAAGGCUCCUUUUACCUUUACCUUGGUUUUCUGCCUGGGCUCAGCACCACAUUUUCUUUUACAGUGAUGGAGAGUUACAGAGUGCUCAACAGAAAUUAACAUCAAGUUAGUCAUAUUUUUAAUCAACAGUUUGGCAGGUAUGUUGUCUCUGUAUGCCUUUUAAUGUACGUGAUACUGAUAUCUGGUCUUCUUUGCUCGUAAAAAAAACGAGAUUUUAAUCUUUCAGGUCAAUGACUUGUACCCUGUUUUCAUCAAUUGGUUUUAGGACAGCUCAAAGCUGAUUUAGUAUGGUCUAAACACAAAACCUGGUCCUUGAAUUGUCCUAAAGUUUGACUAUAAUUUGAGGUGGUGUAGGCCUGACACAGUGUCUUCCUAACUUCACUGAAAUGCCAGCUGACCUUGGCAUAUCUUGCGCAUGGGACAAGUGUCAGAAGUCAAAACCCCAUUGAGACCAGGAACACGUAAACCAAGAGCUGUGAUAAAGUCUUUUUGUAAAGCCUUGAAAAUGUUGGCAAGCUAUGGUAACACAUGCUGAAGUCUCACAGCAUUUAAAAUCUAAUUUUGUAUUUGACUGGCUGAGUGUCAUGAAGUGCAAGGUAAGAUUUAGAUUUAGUAAGAUUUAGUUCUCUCAGAAAACAUGCUGGUCUCCACUAAUAAUCUAAUAUUAUUAGUUUUUAUAGGGCUUCCCCGGGUCAGAUCUUCUUGGAUUUGGAACACAGGCUACCACAGCCUUCUGUUAAUCUUUUUCAUAACUCUUGUUCAUAAAUAGGACGGGGAAUAUUAUUGCCUCCGUUGUUGUUUAAUGGACAAAGAAUAAAUAUACAAUACACUGGGUCAAUAUUACUGUUGUUCUGUGUGAUUCUCUUUGUAUAAUCAGUGCACAUUGAACUGUAAACGCCCUGAUCCAAAUUGUGAAGUUAAUAGUAAUUGUGCAAUUUAUAAACAUUAGAGAAGUCUUAUUAGUUUAAAUAAGUCCAGACUUUAAUGUGUUUUAACAAGUAAUAUAUCUAAACACUGCAUGUUGAUAUGCAUUAAUACAUGAGUUUUGUUUGAUGA